GAUUGUUUGCGAUUAAAGAGAAUAAUUUAUUAAUAAAUUAUAAUGGAAUAAGAAAUAAACAUUAAAAAAUUAUAUUAUUUUAGAAUCUAUAAUAUAAUUAUAAAUAAAUAAUUUUUGUCUAAAUAUUUGUUGUUUAUAUUUUUUUAAAAAAAUAAAAAUUAUAAUUUUCAAAAUAUAUAUCAUGAGUACUAUUUAAAAUUAUAAAAAUAAAAUAAAAAUUAAUAGAGAAAAAAUUAAAUUAACAUAAAAUAAAAUAUAAAUUUCAGACUUAACAUUGAUUAAACAUAAAUAUUUAUAUAUUAUUUUGAAAAUUUCUGUUAUUACUUUGACCAUAUCACAUUACUUUGCAUCACAUAAAUAAUUUUAUCUUUACUUCAAAGUGUUUGAAAUUGCGUCUGCAAAAAUAUAUGAUCUAAGAUAGAGAUAAAAUAACAUCAUAUAGUGUUAUUAUCGAACACGAAAUUUCUAACUAGAUUUUAAUAUCUUUAGUCCAUACAUGUUAUGUGCUAUUUAUUAAAUAUUAAUACAAAUACGUUGCCAAUAUGUAUUCAAAUUCAUAUAUUCACGAUUCUAACCUUUCCGCGGUGAAAAUUAAUCAUUCCUAUUUGUAAUAUUAUUUUGAUAUAUUUCUAAAAUUAUAAUUUUUUAAAUAAUUUAAAGCACACAAAGUUAAUAGACAUUUAUUUAUUUAUAUAAAAUUAUUCCUUUUUCUACAUAAUGCUAUUAAAAUACAUCUUCCGAGUUAUAUAUAUUUAAUUGCAGAUAAUUUUAUUGAAGAAAAAACAAAAUAUGAAAGAAAUAUAAUUGAUUUAAUAAUGUAUCGAUGUGUAAAUUGUGGUGCUGAAAUAGAAGAACUUUACAGAAGAUACUCUCCAAAUGUUUUAAAACUUUUAAAAUGUGAAACAUGUGGUUUCUUGGCUGAUAAAUAUAUUGAAUACGAUUCAGUGAUAAUUUUAGUUGAUUUAAUAUUACUUAAAAGACAAGCAUACAGACAUUUGCUUUAUAAUUGCGAAAUAAAACAUUAUUGGAAAUUAGCAAUAAUUUUGUGGCUUAUUGAAUCUUUUCGAAAUUUUUUUUUGUGUAACAAUAAUAAUGAAUAUGUUCAAUAUUGGAAAACAUUUCAACCUAAUUUUAAUCGAAAUUGUAAUCUUUAUUUAAUAAUAUUCAGUACCGUUUUCGCGCUUAUUAGUUUUGUCUUUACUGUUAUUUUUUUGACCAAAUUUAAAUGGUAUUUUUAUCCAAAUAAUGCAAACACAUGUAGUGUAAUACAUCUUAUGAAAGCUUUAGUAAUUGGUGGUUCUGGAAUAUUGUUAGGGCUAUUAGAAAUUACUUGGGGACAUAUUUUUCUGACACCUCAUUACUUACUUAUAUUGGGAUAUAUUAUUCUUUGUUUACUCACAGCUUAUUCAGUGGUUACUAAUAAUGAAAAACUGGAAUCCUUAAUCAUCUUGGGAAUAGGCAUGGUAGUAUACAAGUGUAUAUCUAACUAUUCCUUUACAAUUUUUAAAGUUUUAGAAUUAGUUUAAUUAUUUAUUUUCAAUUUUAAUUUGAUUUUAUAAUCUUACUUCAAUAUUACGUUAAACUAAAUUAAAUAAAUAUAUUUAUAAUGUA